AUGGGCGAUCGCGUGCACCCGAGAUGCGACACGCCGCCGCACCCGGGGGCGGUAAUUCCAGCUGCGCACUCGAAGGCACAGCCUCUGCCGGAGCCCGCUCCGAGUUCGUACGUGAUCAAGGUUCCCAAGGAGCAGAUACUCCGCGUCCCCACGCCGGAGACGGAGCGCAAGUUCAAGGAGUACACUCGCCGCAGCCGCAGAAGGGGGCGCUCCUGCUGCCGCCGCUGCCUCUGCUGGUUCACCGGCGUCGUCCUCCUCCUGUCUCUCGCCCUCGCCGCAACCGCCGGCAUCCUGUACCUCGUCUACCGCCCCAAGCUCCCCAAGUACUCCGUCGAGGGCCUCUCCAUCAAAGGGUUCACUCUGAAGCCGGAAGAGAACGCCUCGCCGGAGUUCGUCGUCACCGUCCGAGCGGAGAAUCCCAACAAGAAGAUUAGUAUCGACUACCGCGGCGGCAGCUCCGUCGAGGUCUCCUACUCCGGCGCGGGACUCGCCGCCGGCUCGUGGCCGACGUUCUUUCAAGGUCCCCGGAGGGUGGAUGUAUUCCAGUCGGCGUUGAAGGGCUCCGAUGUCCGCCUCUCCAGCCCCAUUUACAGCGAACUGGAGGCGCAGCAGCGCGGCCGGCAGGUGCCGCUGCUGAUCAGGACCAAGGUUCCCGUCAGGAUCAAGUUCGGCGUCUUCACGACGUGGACGAUCACCGCGAAGGUCCGCUGCACCGUCGUCGUCGACGGGCUGACGGAGAACUCGAAGAUCGUCUCGUCGUCUUGCCGAGGUCGAGUGAAGAUCUGGUGA